AAGAGGCUGACUGAAUUCACAUAUACUGGGAACAAAUAUUAAGUUUUCUUCUGACAAAUGUCACUUCCACCGUGUUCGACUAUGCAGUGUUAGUAGCUGGAAAUUGAACUGUAACAAAGAAACAGUUCUGGGAAAAUGCAGGGAAUGUUUUCUAAAAGCACAUAUUGAGACCCUAUAUGUUUUUCUUCACAUGAAGCUCACUUUGAAAUAUUUGGAUAAAAUGAGAUGCUUGCGGAAACGAUCAGCAGUAUCAUUCUUAGGAAUCCUUGUCAUUUGCCUGCUCUUCAUGAACUUGUACAUUGAAGAUGGUUAUGUCUUGGAAGGUGACAAGCAAUUAAUCAGAGAAACAGCCACACACCAUCUUAAUUCAGAGCGCUAUGUCCACACUUUUAAAGACUUGUCAAAUUUCUCAGGAUCUAUAAAUGUUUCCUAUCGCUAUCUAGCUGGCACACCUUUGCCAAGGAAAAGAUAUCUUACAAUUGGACUAUCCUCAGUCAAACGGAAAAAGGGAAAUUAUUUGCUUGAGACAAUCAAGUCCAUAUUUGAGCAGUCAAGUUAUGAGGAAAUGAAGGAAAUUACGGUGGUGAUUCACCUAGCAGAUUUCGACUCAUCCUGGUGUGAAGGGAUGGUCCAAGAUAUUUCACAGAAAUUUGCUCAUCAUAUCAUUGCUGGCAGGUUAAUGGUUAUCCAUGCCCCUGAGGAGUACUAUCCAGUACUGGAUGGCCUUAAGAGAAAUUACAAUGACCCAGAAGACCGUGUGAAGUUCCGAUCCAAACAAAAUGUAGAUUAUGCUUUCCUGCUUAACUUUUGUGCUAAUCUUUCUGAGUAUUAUGUCAUGCUAGAAGAUGAUGUUCGAUGCUCUAAAAACUUCUUGACUGCUGUUAAGAAAGUAAUUACCUCUCGAGAAGGUUCCUAUUGGGUGACUCUGGAGUUUUCCAAACUGGGCUAUAUUGGAAAGCUAUACCACUCCCAUGAUCUCCCACGCCUGGCUCAUUUUUUGCUGAUGUUUUACCAGGAAAUGCCUUGUGAUUGGCUGCUAAUCCAUUUCCGUCGGUUGUUAGCUCAAAAGGACGUCAUCCGCUUUAAGCCAUCUUUGUUCCAGCACAUGGGAUAUUAUUCAUCCUACAAAGGAGCUGAGAACAAGCUAAAGGAUGACGACUUUGAAGAGGAUUCAUUUGACAUCCCUGACAAUCCACCCGCAAAUCUUCACACCAACAUAAAUGUAUUUGAAAACUACGAGGCAAGCAAGGCUUACAGCAGCAUUGAUGAGUACUUCUGGGGGAAAGCUCCUUCUACUGGAGAUCUGUAUGUGAUUGUAUUUGAAAAGCCUAUUAAAAUAGAUAAAAUUAAAGUUAUCACUGGAACAGAAGACCGUCAAAAUGACAUCUUGCAUCACGGAGCCCUGGAAGUUGGGGAAAAGAUUGUAGGGAGCAAAAAAGGGAGACAGUGUACUACUUACUUGAGACUAGGGGAGUUCAAAAAUGGAAAUUUUGAAAUGACAGAUGUGGAACACAAGGUUCUGUUUGAUAUUAACUGCAUGAGAAUACUUGUUACCAAAAGUCAAAAGGAAUGGCUGAUCAUUAGGAGCAUUAGCAUUUGGACUUCUCAGCCACCAAAUCAAUAAGGCAAAAUUACUCCUUUCGUGGUAGAGUGAAUGCCAUCGGUUGGGUCCCAACUGGUGUCAUUCCCCAAGGAGACUGACUUACUUCCAAUUAUUUACUACUGACACUGGAAAUCUGGGGAAAUCAUAAAACAAGCAAAAGCAAUUUAUUUUGUACUAGUCCACCAGGCAAUAUACAAACACUAGUUUGUUGGAAUGUUUGAAUUUUAUAGGAAAUGCAAACAUGUUCUCAUCCAUCACUUAAGAUUCAGAAACCUUUCUCUUUUAUUUUAAUUUCUCAUUUGGGAAGAACUGCUGUACUAAAACCAAAUCCAAUGCUUUUCCAUUAUUCAGAAGUUUUGUAGGCUUUGACCAGUAUGUUGUCAGAUGAAAUUUGACUCCAUCAUAUCCACAUAUAAAUUAAUAAUCAGAUGGUAGUACAUGUUUGUACAAUAGUUGGUGGUAUAUUUGUUUGAAAGACACUUGUGAUAAUGAAAGUCUGUUAAUGCAGCUUGCAAUUUUAUUUGAGCACUGUAAGAAAACAGUACGGUUAAACAUUGUGAUUAAUUUUAAAUGAAAAUACAUGUACAGUUAUAAAUCUGACAUGACAAUACUGUAAAAAUAGUCAAUUGCAUCCUGUAUCCUGUCUCAACAAAUAUGCUUUGUCCUUCUCCCAGGGUCCUGGCUUUGAAAUGGGUCAGCAGUUGUAUUUUAUGUCGCUUAGGGCCCAACCCUGCAAUCCUUAUUCAAGCAGUCACACAGUCAAUGGGAGUUUUGCUGAAUAAGACUGCAGGAUCAGCCCCUGAGCUUUAAGGACAAAAUUAUCAUUUCAGUUUUGCAUGGCAGUAGUUUUCAUCUUUAAUAUUCUGCUCUUCAGCACAUUCAGAGCUCCCAGUGAUGUCAGUUGGAGAACUGCACAAAGCUGAGCACUACCAUCUGGUCUAAGAGAAGAGUUUUGUACUCAGUGUUUAGAUCAGUGGUGGACAACCUGCUGCCCAUCAGGGUAAUCUGAUUGUCGGCUGUGAGACAUUUUGACUGACAUUGAACAUUUGCAGGCAUGGCUCCCCACAGCUCCCAGUGGCUUCAGUUCACCAUUCCUGGCCAAUGGGAGCUGUGGGAAGCAAUCAGAUUACCCUAAUGGGCCACAUGUGACCCUCAGGCCGCUAGUUGCCCACCACUGGUUUAGAUAUUCAUCUCUCAUCCGAUGCAAAUGAAAGAUCUAUAAGGUUCAACAGUAGAGGCUGAAAGUGAUCACUGAUCUUCUCUGGUUGAUGUCUCUGCAAUAGUGCUGUGUGAAACAUUUCCCACCUUUUGCAAAAACAAGAAUCCUGGUUUUGCUGGAUGUUUGAGAAGUAAAUACUUUGCCAAGUUAGUUUUGAAUUUUUUUCAGAUUUUUCAAUGCUGAAUAAAUUGUCUUAGGAGCCAUCUUUUCCCAGAUGAUGUUUUUGUCUAUAUAUUUAUAUACUAUCUGGACCUGUUCUUUUGAGCUACUGAGUACCUAGUGACAGGGGCUGAUUGUCCUCCAUCUCCAUUCCUAUUGAUUUCAGUGGGAGUUGUGAGCUUUAAUACUCCACAGAAUCAGACCCCCAUAUGUAUAUAAUACAUAUUAUAUAUAAACACAUCUGGAUUAACAAAAUAUAUAGGAGAUCUUAUUAGUCUUUAAGGCAUUCCAAAAUCUUUCUUUAAUGAUACUGGGAACGAUACAAGUAUAUCAAUAGCAGCACAGAUGAACACUAUAUUACUAAUCUCAUGAAUAUUGUGGUAAUCAUCAAAUUGCAUGUCCUGGUUUCAGAUGCAUCUAGGAGGUAAAGAUUAAAUUUCAAGAAUGCCUGUACUGACCAAAAACUCCAAGUCAAAGUGAACUAAAUAUUGUACUCUGCAUACUAGCAAACAUGACGUGGUUAUUUCAUAAGGGCAGAUUAUUCACAGGUCUACAAGAAGCAGCAGUCUAAUUGCUUUUCCUGAUUCAUAAAUCCUACUAAAUUCAGAUGCAAGUUUGGCAAAUCCCUACUUACAGCAGCAAUGUACUUUAAAAUAGAUGGUCUAGUAAAUACCUUUACAAAAUACACAAAAGUGCCCCCUUCCCAAAGAGAAGAGUCUUUGUUUCUCUUGUUUCUUAAUACUUACCCAGAACUCUAAUCUCUGUGAAAACACGAUAUUUUAAAUACAGUUUGGCAGUUCAACUUUAGACUCCACUGCAGUUUAGCUAAAUUAAAAAUACCCACUAAGCUUAAACCAAUUCUUAUCUAAAUAUACAUGAGAGACUUGCUAUUUAUAUUUUAAAUUAUUUUUCAUGGUAACCAGCUAAUUUUAUGGUCAACCCUAAAACUCCUUUAAAAACACAAUAAAUUGUUUUUUGCUUCAUUUACCAUUAGUGACAAAGACAUGUCAAUAAGGAGCACUGAACAUCUGAAAACCGAUGUAGAAACUAGCUGCCUGGUUAUAUAUAAAUGUACUGUUUCCAAAACAAAUACAUUUUGAAUUAGCACAGAUAGUAAACACAAUUCCAAGGCUUAAAAUGCCCAUGCAACCAAAACGAUAUUCAAUUUGAAUGUUUUAGAAUAAAUUAAAUGUUCUCUGCACAAACCUGAAAUAAUUUAAUUGCUAUUUUUAAACUAUAAAUUGUAAAUAUUUUAAAAAUCAUUUAUUGAGCUGUGCCUCCCCUCACGCCCAUGCCCCCAGAAAAAUCUUACCAUUAAUGCAGCUGGAAAAAAAGCACAUGUUGCUGUGUUUACUGAAAAACUAUAAAAUAGUUGUGACAACAAAUUUAGGGGGUGAAAUUCACCCCAGUGCAGAGGAAUGGCACAAGGUCCCUCCAUCACUUAAAUCCCAUUUAUAGCCUAUUUUCAUGGCUUACGUGAGACUAAUGCUGUCCCUAUGCAUCCAGAUAAAUUUCACCUUUGUGAACGUGACUGACAAAUUUUAUACCUGAUUUUUUUUAAUGUGAAAAUGUUGAUUUUUUUCCCCUGGAACAAAUUUACAAGAACAAGACUUUUUCAAAAGUUAGCGUUUUUCUAUGUAUGCUGCAAGAAAAGCUAUUUCUUAACAAAAAGGACACUUUUAAUCAAAUUUGUGGAUUUUCACCAACAUGCCCCAAAGUACUAGAUUUUCUUUUUUUACUAGUGACUACUGAUGAAGCAAAUAAUUGGUAGUUUCACACAGCUCUAUUCACUGGUGAGUACAGGUGUUUCUAUGUUUUUGUUAUUGUGUAUUUCUUGUGUUCAUUCGUGGAUCAAAUGUCUAGUUCUCUUGUAGUGAAAUGGAAAUGUAGAACCAUUUUUUAAAUAUGAUACUGUAGCCUGCAUACUAAUGGAUCUGUUCUUCACUGGGCAUAUAUGUAUCAUUCCACUGGCAUUACUUGGAGUUGCAUAUGUGCAUCAAAGGGAAAAUAGACUUCUUAAAAUGUAAUGCCCGUGGGCUUUUUUUUUCUUUACUAAGAGUCAGUUUUUUCCAUCCUUAUUCAUAGUGGGUAAUCCCUUUGACUGGGACCAGUUGAGGAGCAAACUACUACUUAAUAUGAGUAAGGAGGAAUAAUCUAGCCUUAAUUUUCUGCAGUUUACUCUACAAACCCAAGUGAAAGUAGUUGACUGGCUACACCAUAUCAUUGUUUAUUCCUUGUACUAUAUAUUCUCUAAUGAAGAGACUUCACUAAGGUGCUAUAUGAAUGUAUUGUUUUUAUAUCAGUCUGAUCUGUUAUGAUCUGUUUUAGCGUUCGCCCAGUAUUCUGUUGUGUUAGGCACAGUUAAUGUUUUGGUUUUUUAAGAAAACAAAUGAAGAUCCUUUUCUUUACUGGAUUAAAAAUAAAGUCAAAAUUAAAGUUCUUUACCUUGGAAAACUGUAAAAGGGAACAUGGUUAGACACCUUAUCUGCAAAUACAACCGGCCUGCAUUUUGAAAUGUUAUACCAGUCUUGGCGGAAUUGACACACUGAAUAAUCACAUCUGACGUCUUCAUUUGUGAUCCCUGCAUAUUUGAAUGAGUUAGAAGUUAACAGCAGUGAUACAUGUUGUAUAAUGAGAUGAUGUAAAAUAACACAUUCUCAUAUGGCACAGUGCAGUACUUUGCAACAAUGGGGGAUAUACAAGUGGAUUCCAAUGAAAACAGCUAAUAUGAUUCCUUUCUCUGUCAGAUUCUAAAUAAGGUAAAUAGCUUGAAUCACAACCAUUGUGUCAGCUUUCCCAUAUGCUUUCACUGAAGUCAAUUCCAAAAUUUCAAUUGGCUUCAAUGGGAGCAGGAUUAGAGCUAUGUAAUAUUCACACUUGGAGGUGUGGAUUUAAAGGUUCACAACGUAACUAUUUAUGCAGAACUAAAACCAAAAAUCUAUGGUCCUUAUGUUUCCAUUUUUCUUCUCAGCACUAAAGAUGGCCUGAAAUGGAAGUAGACUCUUUGCUAGUUCCUCUUUGUAUCAUAGCUCUACUGCAGUGCAACAUCAUUCCCAGCUUGCCUCCAGAGGCUGAUUCUUCUAGGAGUUUUGAAACAGUGAAUCAGUUCCAGUGUUAUCUAAUCUACAGUAUUACUUCUCAAGUGCCAGUUGGGGGUAGUACUUCUGAAAACAAUGUUGUAUAGAUACAGGAUUAAUACUGCCAUAAAUGAUGAUUGAGAAGGGAAAGUAUCUGCAUAUUAGUGUGUCAACUAUAAAAUUUAGAGAAAUCCAAAACAGAGUGGGCCAGCUUUUAUUCAUUAUUGGUUAUUUGCUAGUUGUCAAACUGCCUACUAAGGGCCCAGGGUGAAUUUUCACCCCUGUACAGAAAGCCAACAAAUGGCCUAUGAGUCAUUUAUAUCCCAGUUAAGCCUUGAAAAUAAUUAAGUGGGAUUUAAAUGGUUAAUCAAGCCUAGUGCUGGCCCUAUGCACAAGGGUGUGUGUAUGAGUUUUUCCUUCAACUAAUGAGUCUGAACAUAAAAAGCAAACUUUUAUCUCCUCUGUUCACCUUGUUAGAUACAGCUGUGUCUUACUUCUGUCCUUCCAAUUGCUCUUUAUUCAGUCAUAUUUUCUUUUUUCUUCCUAGCACUUUAGAAAUCAGGACUCCUGGAACAGCAGGUUAAAAGUCUGAAUUCUGGUUGGCUUUGAAUUGCUGUAUUUCCCCUAUCUUUGUAUGAAAUGAUCCAGUUUCUUACUAUUCUUGGCAAAUAAGCCUCACAAGCAUGAAGUUCAAUUUUGUUGGCUGUUCCCCAUCACACAGACUGUUAUUAGGACAAGGUUGUCUGGAUAACUAUAUCAAGCAAAGCUUUUGAUUUUGUUUUUGUUUGUUUGUUUUGUGAGGUUUUUUUUAAUUAAGUUUAUUUUCCAAAGGUAAACAGAUACCUUAUAAAAAGUGUUGGUAUUUAAUUUUUAAAACAAGGAUCCAAACUUUCUUUGUGGAUAUACCGUAUCUUUUGUGAGCAGUUUGAAAAAGAUGACAUUUACACACAAUGCCUUGGUAACAUGAAAAAAAAAUGAAUGAAAGAACUAAAUAUAUUUUGUAGAAGGAAGAAACCAUGUGUUGCGGGGCAACUGGAUCAAAGAGGUAUAUUUCUUUUGUAAAAUUGCACUUAAGCCCUUAAACUUCUUGUUUAAGGGCAGAGGAAUAGAAUACUCCUUCCUGUCCGCAUAUUGUAUUAACCCUUUUACAGAGAGACAUCCACAUGGCCCUAGCUUCGUCCUGCUCUUGCUGCUUCAAUGAAAAUAAUUUGUUCACCUUUAAAAACGAUUGACCUUGGCAUGCUCAGAGA